AUGCAGGAAGUCAAUCCCUACGGUUACAACCCCAAUGCGGCAGCUGCGAUGAUCUUCGUGGUCCUGUUCGCAAUUGCUACGCUCUGGCACAUGGUCAUCGUAGUUCGCCUCCGUGUGUGGUACUUCGUUGUACUGGUUCUGGGCGGCUGCCUCGAGACUGCUGGUUAUAUCUGCCGAUUUCUAGGUCAUGACAACACGUCGAGCCUUGCCCUAUUCGUCGUUCAGACUUUGACAAUCUUGGUCGCCCCCGCGCUGUUUGCCGCCUCGAUCUACAUGGUCCUUGGACGUCUCAUUGUAUUAGUACGCGCUGAGGCUCAGUCUCCCAUCCGACCGAAUUGGCUCACCAAAAUUUUCGUGGGCGGAGAUAUACUCUCUUUUCUGAUCCAGGUGAUCGGAUCAUCAAACUUAUCUAGUAACUUCAACCUGGCAAAGACUAUCAUCUUACUUGGUCUGGCAAUUCAGAUAAUGUUUUUCGGCAUCUUUGUCGUCAUCGCGUUUGUAAUGGAUCGCCGACUAUCAAGGGCACCUACCAAUACGGCUCGGAGACUUGACGAAGGAAACACCAAGCUAGGAUGGAGGGGGGUUUUGCGUGUGAUCUAUAUCGCAAGUGCUAUGAUCUUCGUACGGUCCAUCUUCCGUCUGAUCGAGUUUUGUGGGAGUAGCGACUCGCCCAUGAUGAAAACGGAGGCUUAUCUCUACGUCUGCGACUCAACUUUGAUGUUUGGGGUCUUGGCCAUCUUGAUCUACUACCACCCCGGCAACUACAUUCCUAACCACAAGAAUAUGAAGCAAAUCUUGCAAUCGCGCGACGAGGAACUGCUGUAG